CCCCGUGUCAUGGUGUAAAGAACGUGCACCAAUGCCGCUAUUAUUCUAUCACUUGUAUGUAAUUGUGUAUAAUAAAGAUAUGAAUUUCCGUGUUGAUUCUCAAAAGGUUCUUCUUCCCGACCACGUGUCAUACAGCGGAACCCGGAUCGCGAUCCGCGUGCUCUCGCUAGAACAAAUGUAGUCCGUCAAUUUACUUGAAUCGGACGUACAGAAACCAUUCCCAAACUCGAAACCCAGCUGCCCGAAAAGGUGAUCGACAAAAUUCCCGCUUCUUGUCCUCUUUUUAAUUUCUCCCUCGCCGAGCGCUGCAAAUAAAGCCCCAUUCCCUUCCUCUCUCCUGCAUAGCAAUUGAAGAAACCCUGACCAAAUCCCCAUUCCCCUUUCUUCCUGCACUUAGUUCUCUUCAAUCUCAGCUUUUAUCUUCGAUCGAGGUCGAGACAGAGAUACUUUAAGAUGGCACGGACGAAGCAGACGGCGCGGAAGUCGACGGGCGGGAAGGCGCCGCGGAAGCAGCUUGCGACGAAGGCGGCCCGGAAGUCGGCGCCGGCGACGGGAGGAGUGAAGAAGCCGCACAGGUUCCGGCCAGGGACUGUGGCUCUGCGAGAGAUCCGCAAGUACCAGAAGAGCACGGAGCUCCUCAUCCGGAAACUCCCCUUCCAGCGCCUCGUCCGCGAGAUUGCCCAGGACUUCAAGACUGACCUCCGCUUUCAGAGCUCCGCCGUCGCCGCCCUUCAGGAGGCCGCCGAGGCCUAUUUGGUAGGUCUCUUUGAGGACACCAACCUCUGCGCCAUCCACGCCAAGCGUGUCACCAUCAUGCCCAAGGACAUGCAGCUCGCCCGUCGCAUCCGCGGCGAGCGCGCCUAGAUAUUCUGAGAUCGCUUGUCUUUGAUGAAUGAAUGAAGGGGGAAUGGAUGGAGUGCCGUCCGAUCCAUGUGUUCUAUUUCGGACGAGAUUUUCUUGUUUCUCUUUCUUGUUUCUUCUUUUUCUUUUUACUCCCUCCGCUUUGUCUAGGGAUGAGACGAGUCUUUCCAUGAAAAGUUGGGUUCAUACGGCAUUCAUCUUCUUGUUACUACCCAAAUCACAUUUUCUUUCCCAAAAGAUUGGUUCUAUGUUGUUUCAACAAGUUUAUUUUCAAAGACAACAUGAGUUUGAUCCUCUCCU